AUGAAAGGUCGCUGUCGUGUCCUCGUAGUCUCCCCUGUAAUUUCAAUUUCCGGUCGGGAAGAGCAUUCAGGUCCCAUAUUCUCUGGAAUUCAUCUAAUGGCAGUCGAUCCUACAAGUAGCGGGGAAGUAACGUUCUCUUGCGGCAAUACUAUUGCUGGACUGGUCGAUAGUAAGAUCACGGAUCCCAGUAGAUUGUCAAGUUUCCAAGAUCCUUAGUAUUACUACCAGUUGUACACGAUAAUGCUUCUAAACACUUCCAUGAGAUCAUACCGAGAAGAUGUGGCUGAUCCGAUUCAAAGCCUAGAUGAAUUCGAGUUCAUGGAAGACGGUUGA